CUAUGCUUUGGCACUGAACGACGAAACAAUUCACCUGCAGAAGGACAGGCCCUACAUUACCUUCUCCGAACCUCUACUUCCUCUACACACACUUCUCACACAACCCUCUCAAUCAUGGCGACUGCAACGCAGAAUGCGCCCAGCUCGACAGUCUACGUGAAGAACCUCGAAGAACGAAUAAAGAUCGACCAACUCAAAGAAGCCCUCACCGAAAUCUUCUCGGAAUACGGCAACAUCAUCGACCUCGUGGCCAAGAAGAACCUGAAAGCCAAGGGCCAGGCGUUUAUCGUUUUCGACAGCGCGGACGAUGCGGCCAAGGCGAUCGAAGAGAUCAACGGCUUCGAGCUGUUCGACAAGCCCAUGCAACUUGACUUUGCGCGCACGCGGUCCGACGCAACGGUGCUGAAGCAGGAAGGCGAGCCCGGACUGGAGAAGUGGAAGAGAACACGAUUAGCGGAGAAAGAGCGGAAACAGGCACUCGAAGCGACACAACAGAAACUCAAAAGACCAGCGCCGUCGAUGGCGAGUGCGCAAGAGACCGCUGGGGGGCUUACGGCCCGGCCGGCGAAGACGGCCAAGGGUGCUGGCCUCAAAUCCUCGGGCACGAACGCUGCGGCCAUUGUGCCAGACGAAUACCUACCUCCGAAUAAGAUCUUGUUCAUUCGAGAUCUACCAGACAGUUACGACGCAGAUGGUUUGUCACGGAUAUUCAGCAGAUUUGAAGGAUUCAAGGAGGUCAGAAUGGUGCCGGGUCGCAAAGGUAUCGCAUUCGUGGAGUACGAGGCUGAAGCGGGCGCUAUAAGUGCCAAAGAGGCGACGGCAGGGAUGCAACUUGGUGACGAAGGAAAGGGAAUUAGGGUCACGUAUCAACGAGCAUAAGCCACGAAGGGGAGCAUGGCGUUGGUGCUUAGUAUUGUUUCAUUACGGCCAGGCUGGGUGACGAGAACAGAACGAUAAGUGUCAACCCAGGGAUUUAAUACCCCCGAUACAUUGACAUCGGGUUGGGUACUUUUACAGUACUUGGUACAUUGCAGCGGCGUUGGUGGAUAAAGUGGCCAGCAGAACCUGCGCAUGAAAUCGCUUUAAAAGAUAACAUCAUCAUCCUCAUGUUCUCCCAGAACGUCCUGGGUUGCAGACUCCGCCUCUGGUUCCUCGUUGCUUUGGCCUUUUGCAGCUUGUGCCUCUCUCUGUUUUCUGAUCUCGGCGUCUGCUGCAGCUUGGUCCCUUUGUUUCUUGCCCGAUACCUUCUUU